UGGACACUUGGUGUCUAAGUCUUAAUAGGCUGCCACAAACGUCCAGUCAAGUGAUCACCCUCUCUGGAUCAACGCUUACGUUCACCUUCUGAAGCAGAACGAACAUUCCUUUCAUCAAUCCACAAGUCGAGAUCCUCAAGCUCGAGAGCCUAUGGAAGAUGGCUGUAGAAACUGGAAAUGCCCCAAUUGCGGCGCCAACGUUCACCAUCGAUCUAGAUCUUCCACCGGAAGAGAGGUAUAAGGCUCUUGCAACGGAGUACAAAGAUCGCAUUAAGAGCCUCUCAGGACUGUUCGACAGCUUGCUAGCAGACAUUGGUCUGCCUUCCCGCUAUCAUAACUCGGUUAAUGGUCUCGCUCGAUUGCUGUUGAGACGGCUCAAUUCCCCCAUUGAAACAGCCGAGUUGCGUGGUAUUGCUGAAGUGGUCGAAAUUCCUAUUUAUCUUCUGGUCGCUUUCAACACAAUCCUAGACCUUCUCAUGGGUUGCACUUCUGGUGCUGUCAAAACAAUGGAGCCUGGUCAGCCCAGACACGAGGCCAAAAUGCUUCAUUUCCGCACCCUUGACUGGACUAUGGAUCCUCUUCGGUCUGUCAUCGUACAACUCGAUUUUAUUCGGAGUAAAUCUGCCCAUCCUCGGCAAGUGCUCGCUAGCAGUGUAUCCUACGCCGGCUUCGUCGGCGUCUUGACGGGUGUACGUCCAAAUUUGAGCAUAUCGCUCAAUUUUCGAGCUCUACACAACGCCGACAACAAACGAGGACAUUUCAGGUUUUAUUUCCACCAUCUGCUUGUUCUCCUGGGUUAUCGUCAAUCGAUAUCCAGCAUCUUGAGGAGCCAUAUAGUUCCAGAACCUAACAUCGACAGUCAAGCCAAGUCACUAGCGGAGAUAACAGAUGUAUUGGCCCCUCUCCACACGACAGCAGCGUACCUUAUACUCUGUGAUGGCGACUCAGCUAUUGUCAUUGAGAAAGACUAUGAUACUGGCUUGAUCCGACGUUCAGAUACAUUCGUCGCCGCAACAAAUCAUGACGAGCUGCGACACCGUCCCGAAUCUGCGAUAGCCACCCCUGCCGCGAAAGCAACCACUGACUCUCACUCUCACAAAGCAAUUGGACUGGAAGAACUUCUUGAAGAAAGCCGGGAGCGUCUAGAGUGCAUUUCGGCGAAGUGGAGAUCACGUGUACGCAAAAUUAAACGGCAAUCAAAACGGAAGGGUGGCCUGGACUCUGCGGAAUCUGAGAGACUUACCAGCAUAACACAAUCGGAGGUGAUUGAGUGGGUUUCAAUGUACCCUACGACCAACGAGCAAACACACUAUGCCAGCAUCCUCGAUCCAAAACGAGGCAAGGUUACCUGGACAGGGAUUUAUCCUACUCCUCUGAGCAGCGAGCAAUAAGAACCUUUAUGUUCCUUGGUGCGAGGCCACAGCAUAGAUUGUGACAAGAAUGCACGAUUAUCUGAUGGCGAACACCACUCCGAAAUCUCAUCAGACGAAGGAGCGCAGACCUGGCUAGAAAAGUACCAUUCCAUGGCGUACCAAAAUGUGUCUGGCUGAAGCUCCUGCAGCUUCCUUCGGCCGUUGUGGUAACACAUGCCACGAGUUCUUUGUGUGGCUGGGGAUAUCUUGAGCAUGUCCAACAUCGAUGCAGUGUUGCGUACUCCGUAUUGUGGUCCAUCCCGGAGAGAAGGUGAUUGCUUCCGCUACUGCCACUGUUGCCAUUCGAGGCGAAUGUGUUUUAGCAGGAUGUACUCUGUA